ACACAUCGCAAUCUUCUCUAUGUAUGAGAGUCUAUUCUGCCUGCCGCGGCAAGGCAAGGCAAUGGCAAGUAGCUUUUUAGCAUAGACAGCUAAAAGUUCAGUUUGUGACAUUUACGUAGAACAUCUCUCAAAAUGGCGUCGUCGUCGUAUUCGUUUUCGCCGUUGUUGGUAUUAUCGUUUUUGUUUUACGGAUAAAAACUAAAAUUGUUUAAAUAAAUAAAAAUAUAAAUAAAAUAAUUCACAAAUACCUUCCUGUGUCUUCUCGCUACCCACGGAACACAAACGACGACAACAAUUUGUUUGUUUUUUCUUUCAAUCUAGACAUCAAGUGAAAUUCCCCAAAAAUCAAGCAAAAGAAAAAAAAAGAAAUAAUACAAAAAAGCUGCCUCCCAAUUAUAAUCUGCUUCAUAUAAAAAUUCUUUAGUGACGUAGAAACGUAUAUAAUUCUCUCUUAUAGAGAAGUCGACCUCAAAAAAUAACAAAAAUUUCUACUCGGUGUGAAGGCUGCAAAGAUUAUUUUGCACAUAAAAAUACCUAUACCUACUUUCAAGCGACGACGUUUGUUUAAUUGAUAAAAAAAUGUAAAUUAAUAAUUAAAAAAUCAUAUUGGAAUGUCGGUAUGGUCUGCAUUUUUGCCAAAAAGCCAAAGCCCCAUGUGCACUUUGGUUAGUUUGUAACUUGUUAAUAUAUUUUAACACCCUUCGUUGUCGCUCUCGAUAUCGUAGAGAAAUGCUUUGAAAAGGUGUUGCUUUUCGAGUUUCAACAAAACUUACGUAAAUGAAAAUUUACUUUCGGGAAAAAUUAUAUCCUCCCUUCAGAGAAGCAAAGAAUUAGAAUUGAAAAUGAGAUUAAAAUUUGGAUGUAUUAAUUAAGUGCAUUUAAGCCGAUUCAACUACUUAAAAACGACUUUAAUAAAAAGAAAUAAAAAAAAACCUUAACAAGUAGGUACCUACACAUCUCAUUCGGAACAAUAUUGCGGAGGAGAAUCUUCAUUUCAGCAUAUUCCCCUACGGAUUUAUGAUGCAUAUCCCUUCAUCCAUGCGUCUCCCGCCAGCAUCUAGCUCUGUAAUAGCACCAUCACCAACAGUUUCAACAUCUUGGUAUAGUUGAUGGUUGAUGGUUUUUUAACCAUUCAGAGAAUCCGCUUUCCAAAUCGAUUUGAUCUGAUUUUAUUCUAUUUUAUUUUUCUUAUCGCAUUUCAUUUCAAAUUUCAUUCUUCGUUUCAUAUAUUAUUCGCAUUUCUUGUAGAUAUACGGCAUUCUAUUUUCUGUGCAAUAGUUCAAAAAAUAUAUACGUACCUAUCUAUACACACAAUCUACGUCAUACCCCAUCACAACCAUUUGCUUAUCUGGGUUGAUAGAGAAAAUAAAAAUAAAGUAGUUUGUCCCAUUUAAUUAUAUUUAUAGUGAUAUCUCUCUACACAUGAAGUAGUUUGAGAAUUUAUUAACAAGAACAAUAAAAAUGAGAUAAAAAAAAUACUGAGAUCUAAUUGAAAAGCGCGACCAAAAGAACAAAAAAUUAAAUAAAAAAAAAACCAAACCGUGUCUUCCAUCACAUCGUUAUCGAGAAAACUUAAACAAAAAAAAAAACUAAAACCAAAGCUCCUCCAUUCGGUGACUUGAAAUAGAAUGCAAUUUCCGUCUGCAAUUGACAUUGCUCGGAUUUAGUAUCUAAAUCUAAAUUAGUGCCAAUUGACAAGAAGUGUAUCUACACACAUUCUCAAGCACAUCCGCAUCAACUCAAAAGGCAUAAACCGCAUAAGAAAAACACUGAACAAAUUAUUAAAUUAUAAUCGAAUCAAUGCUUAAAAUCAAAAUUUGCAUUCCUAAAAUACUCACAACGAUCAAAAUAGUGAACAUCUUCUUCUUCUUCCUAAUAAAAAUAUACUCGUACAUAAUUGUUAAACAAAAAAGAUCUAAAUAUAUGGAUGUGCUAUGAUUGCAACGUUUUUCAUACUAGUUGCAAUUUUACGUUCACUCCGUUGGAGAAAUCGGUCAUCGUCGGAGAGUCUUGAGAAGAACGAAACCAGUUGCUCGCCAACUACCGACCAGCCCAACGAUUCCGAUGGCCAGUCUAAUUCGACGAUAGUUCAUGCGGCUGGGUCAGGACCCGAGACUGGUAGUCGCAGGUCAAAGGAUUACGGCGACAGCAAGAUCACCUAUCAACGACUCUCGCGGCCCAGAUUUAGCCUGCAAGUGAAUACGCCUUCAUCGUCGUCGUCGAGAAGAUUCAACGAUCGCACCUACUCAAUUGGGACACUGGUCCGGACAAGACAUGGCGACACAAUUGACGGUGGUGAAUUACACCAAUACAAAUCUCAGCAUCAGCAGAUAGAUUUACAUCAGCCCAACGAGAAUAGAAAUGAAGAAGGCGGACCGUCUCCGUCGCAUAAGUCACCCGAGAACCAAGAAAGAGACCGCGAGCGACACUGUCAGAACGACAGUCAAUUAGACGCUGAUGACGACGAUGAUGAUGAAGACAACCGUCGCGAUGCCGAGGAAUUUUAUAAUAGCAUCCAAGAUUGUGCAGCUUCUUCAUUAAGCAACAUAUCCGGUGGUCCGCCAUCAGCGUCCCGCCGAAAGCGCUCCUCAUUGUUUUCGCGCAGUGAUUCAUCGGCAACGACAACCUCGUCGACAAGUGGCAGUGGCACCUAUACAGGUGGUAAGCGACGAUCGACGGCUUCUAUAAUCUCGUCAUCGAUGUGCUCCGAUGUGAUUCCCAUUGAUCGGCGCAGCUCAACGGAACAUAGUCGGGCCAGCAAUACUCGUCGGUCGAGCGGAAGAAUCCGCAGAUAUAUAUCACGAAUGACGAUAGCAGGAGCUCGUAGACGUACCACUGGCAGCUUUGAUGUAGAAAAUGGCCAAGGCGCUAGAUCUCCGCUUGAAGGCGGUUCACCAAGCGCUGGAUUGGUUUUACAAAACCUCCCUCAACGUCGCGAAUCCUUUCUAUAUCGAUCGGAUUCAGACUUUGAAAUGUCCCCAAAGUCCAUGUCAAGAAAUUCUAGCAUAGCAAGCGAAAGGUUUAAAGAGCAGGAGGCAUCCAAUCUAAUUGAAAGAUCUCUCAAUUUUUAUAGCCAUGGAGAAGAUCUUAUUGUGACACCAUUUGCCCAAAUUUUAGCCAGUUUGCGUUCAGUGCGAAACAACCUUUUAAGUCUGACAAAUGUCCAAGCGACAAACAAAUCCAGGCGGCCUACACCUCCUUCAAAUGCCAAUCGAGUGCAAUUAGUUCAAGGAGAUGAACAAUAUAAUCGCUUGGCCACCGAUACUAUUGAGGAGCUCGAUUGGUGCCUGGACCAGUUGGAUACAAUUCAAACUCAUAGAAGUGUGUCGGAUAUGGCAUCGCUUAAGUUCAAACGUAUGCUGAACAAAGAGCUGUCGCACUUUAGUGAGUCGAGUAGAUCGGGAAAUCAAAUAUCGGAAUAUAUUUGUUCGACAUUUUUGGACAAACAACAAGAAUUUGAUUUACCUUCUUUGCGUGUGGAAGAAAACACAGAACAACAUGUGGUACCUUAUCCUCGCGCCCGUUCACCACGUGGCCCGCCAAUGUCUCAAAUAUCAGGUGUUAAGAGACCCCUAUCGCACACAAACUCAUUUACUGGUGAGCGGUUACCAACGUUUGGUGUUGAAACACCUCACGAAAAUGCACUGGGAACGCAUCUGGGUGAUCUAGAUACGUGGGGCAUUGAUAUAUUUAGAAUUGGUGAUCUGAGUGUUCAUAGGCCGCUUACCUGUGUUGCUUAUACAAUAUUUCAGAGUAGAGAAUUGCUGACCAGUCUUAUGAUACCACCGAAAACUUUUCUCAAUUUCAUGACUACUUUGGAGGACCAUUACGUUAAAGACAAUCCAUUUCAUAAUUCAUUACAUGCAGCCGAUGUUACCCAAAGUACAAAUGUGCUGCUAAAUACUCCGGCCUUGGAGGGUGUAUUUACGCCAUUAGAAAUUGGCGGUGCCCUAUUUGCGGCAUGCAUUCAUGAUGUGGAUCAUCCGGGCCUAACAAAUCAAUUUUUAGUUAAUUCAAGUUCUGAACUAGCGUUGAUGUAUAAUGACGAAUCUGUUUUGGAAAAUCAUCAUUUAGCGGUUGCCUUUAAACUACUGCAAAAUACAGGCUGCGAUAUAUUUUGCAAUAUGCAAAAGAAACAACGUCAGACAUUAAGAAAAAUGGUUAUUGACAUUGUUUUAUCAACGGAUAUGUCUAAACAUAUGAGUCUUUUGGCUGACCUUAAGACAAUGGUUGAAACUAAGAAAGUAGCCGGUUCAGGUGUUUUACUAUUGGACAACUACACUGACCGUAUACAGGUCUUAGAAAAUCUGGUGCAUUGUGCCGAUUUAAGUAAUCCGACAAAACCGCUUGCACUUUACAAACGCUGGGUAGAGCUAUUAAUGGAAGAAUUCUUUUUACAAGGUGACAAAGAAAGAGAAAAUGGCAUGGAUAUAAGUCCAAUGUGUGAUCGACAUAAUGCUACAAUUGAAAAAUCACAAGUUGGAUUUAUUGAUUAUAUUGUCCAUCCAUUAUGGGAAACAUGGGCCGAUUUGGUUCAUCCAGACGCACAGGAUAUCUUAGAUACUCUUGAAGAGAACAGAGACUAUUAUCAAAGUGCAAUUCCGCCAUCGCCACCACCUUCACUCGAUGAAGGUGACGAUAAAAUUCGUUUUCAAGUCACUCUCGAAGAAUCAGAUCAAGAAAAUUUAGCUGAACUUGAAGAAGGUGAUGAGAGUGAAGGUGGAAUCGAGAUAAAACCGUCGGGGAGUCAAAAUCAAUCCCAACACAUUGGAAUGUGACGGAGAGUCGCGGGACUUUGUAAAAAAAUUACUGAAAAGGCGCAAAAUUUUUUACUUAUACGUUAGUAUGUCACUUUUUAUUGUGUAGAAAAAAAUUAACAAAAAAAAUAUAUAAAAAAAAUGAAUAGCGCAACAAAAAACCUAAACUAAACUAAAAUUACUAGACAACAUUUAUAAAAAUAAAACAAACAUCAACCACAAAAAAAAAUAAAAUCCUUACAAAAACUAAUUUAAACAACAAAAACAAAAAACUGACAAAUAUGUCGUCGAAACAGGCAAACAAAUUCUUACAGGAUAAAUAAACAAAUUAUUAAUAUUUUUACUUAAUAAUUUAUAUUCUUAGUUGGAUUUAUAAGUUGCAAAUUUUGUAUUAGAUUUGUUUUUAUUAUUUUCAAUUAUUGUGUUUAAGUUCAAAGGCACAUUUGCCAAAUUAAAUAAACAACUCUUAUAAUUUUUAAAUGUAUACAAACAAAAAACAACAACUUACAAAACAAUAUGAAAAAUAGAAUUAUGUAAACCGAUUUACAAGAAUUUAAUUGAACUCAUGUUAAUCAACAAUAAAAAACAAACAAACAAUAAAAUUAAUAAAAAAAAAAAACAGAUUUUAAAUUUGCGCUCCCCCCCAAACAAAAAGAAAAGUUACAAUUUAAAUUUUGUUCGUUUUAUAGCAUUACUACUGCAAUUAUAAAGAAAAUAAAUAUGUAUGAAAAAAAAACUAACCAAAGUGUGAAUUUGAUGAAAGUUCUAAAAAACCAAAAAAUUAAAAUAAUAUACACAAUAUACUACAUAGGUACUGGUGUUAUAUUAAAUUGAAAAUAAAAGUAUAUAAAAAAACAAAAUAAAACAAACGGUAGCUAGUCAUUUCAAAUGUUAUUUAAAUUAAUUAAAAUGUUGUAACUUAAAAAUACAAAAUAAUUUGUGUAAUAGAAAGCCCACACGUCAAAAAAGUAAAAACAAAAUACCAUACAUACAUACAUUUAAAUAUUAUUCAUUUAUGACGGAAAAGCACAAUAAAUAAAUUAUUGUUGGACUCGAAUUUGAAACAAAUAUUUAAAUAUAUAUACAAAAAAGUACAUAUUAUAUUAAAAUAAUAAUAAUAAAAAACAAACACACACAAAAUAAAAUAACUUUAGUUUGUAAAACUCUAAGCAAUGCUCGCUGCAUCUAUUCUCCUUCUCUUCUUCCUUCAUAUAAGCAAAUAUAUAAAUAAAACAAAACAAAAUAAAACAAAAAUAUUAAAGUCUUCGAAAAUAAAAAGAAUGUUGUGAUCUAACAUGUUUUAAGAUUUUUUAUAAAAAAACAAAAAAAAACUAAUAGUCCUUAAAGUCUUAAUUUUAAUAAAAUUAAGAUGAAAAUUAUAUUUAAAAAAUUAAACAUAAUAUCUACAAAUAUUUAUUUAGAGAAAAGUUAUUGGAUGUUUUCCUUUUACUAAUCAAAAACCAUAGACCUUUAAAAUUAUUGCUUACCUGCUUUUCAUUAAAAUCAACCUCAAACAACAAAAUUUAAUUUAACUUAGUUUAUUAUUUGUUUUAUUUUUUGUUUAUCAAAACUUCAUCAAUUAAAAGGGAAAAGGUCCAAUUUCUUUUUUGAAUUGUGUAAAAAAUAAAAAAAUCUUUAUAAAACAAAAAAAAACAAUGUACAUACAGAGAAAGAGUGAAAUUCUACAUUAUUUCAGUUCAUUUAAAAUAAACGCAUACAUAUUUGAUAAACAAAAAUAUUAACAUAGUAAUUAACUGUAUUCAUAAUAGAAACAAAAAACAAUUAUUUUAUUUAUUUAUUCUAUAUUUUAUUAUAAGGGCAGGAUCCCUCCUUUUGCUAUUUAUGUAGUACAUAUUAUGAUAAAUACAAAAAUUAAACAUUGCAAUAUGCAUUAGAAUAUAUACAUAUAUAUAUACAUAUAACAAAACCAUUGAUAGAAAAAAAAUGUUACAAAUAAUUUUUAAAAAAUCAACAAAAACAAAAAAACUGUGUCAUUGAGUGUAUCGAUGCAAAAUCUUUGUUCUCCUUCAAAUAGCCGCAAGCCCUGAAAAGUCUGCAUAAGUUAAAACCCACAAAUAAUGAAUGCCCAUUGUUAAAAUUUGUUGUGGUUUUUCUUAAAAUCAUAAGUUUGACUUAAAUUUAUAAAAAAAAAAAAGAAAUUAUAAUACUUUUAAAAAUCUUAAGAAAGGCAAAACUGAUUUACCAUAAAUUAUUUCUAAAAAUUAAACUAAUGCCAAGGCAUUUAAUUUUAUUGUUUUCUUUAAAUUACUAUCACUAAAGAUAUAAAAGACCCGAUGACUUUUAGACCCAAGCAUAUAAAAAUAAUGAUACAAAAUUUGAUUAUAUAAUAUAUAUAUAAAAUCCCACACCUACAUACAUACAUAUAUCGUAAACAUUAAACUCGUGUAACUUAGAUUGAAUGAUAAAAUACAAAAAACAAAAAAAGAAUAAAAUCAAUGUUAUGUAACUAUAAUAGUCAUAUUCAUACAUUAUUAAUGCAACUGAAUAAUCUUAUUGCCUCUUUUUUGCCAAUAUCUAAACGUGAAUCUUUUUUAUUUUUGUUCUCAUUUAUUAGUGAUCUGCAUAACUAAAUAUUUCUGAUAUCAAAACUAAUUAUUAUUAAAGUAUAAUAGGACUUCGAUAGAAACAAAAUUAAACAGAACAAAAGUCAUAACUUAAAUAAAUAACUCAAAGAGCAAUAGAAAUAGACAGACAAGACGACAGAUAUAGACAGACAGACAUUAAUCUUUUCUUUUGUUUUGCUUGUAAAUAUUUCUAAACAAAAACUAGGUAAAUUUCAAUAUUAAAAAAUGACAUUUGAAAUUAAAAAAACAAAAACAAAAACAUAAUAAAUGUCUUUAAAACUGAUAAAAAAAAAAACACAAAACAAAAGAGUUAUGAAACUAUAGAGGUUGGAUAUAAAAGAAAUCUAAAUGUAACCCAAGUAAGAAAACAAGUGUUUUUAUUUUAUUCUGUUACUCGAAUGAGCGAACCAAGAAUUUACAGAUUGUACACUGUCAAUGUAGCUGUAAACUUUAUUGGACAUUAAAAAUAAAAAACAUACAUACAAUUCAGAUAUACACAUAGGAAACAAAAGUACUAUUAUUAAAUGUAAUAAAACAAAUAUUGUACUAGAAAUCUAAUUAAAAACAAACAAAACAAAAAAAUCACUAAACAAUUUUAGUUUAUAGAAAUGUAAAAAAACAAAAAUGAAGGAAAAAUCAUAAGUAUAAUUAUAAAUAAUUGGCAUAGCACGUGACGCUGGCGUGACGUGUGUGUUGUAUUUAUUUUCAAUAUGUGUAAUAAAUUAUACAAAUAAAAAUAUAAAUCUGAAAAAAAAACAAAACAACAACAAAAACAAACGGAAACAUAUUAAUUUUAAAUAAAUCUAAAUUAUAACAAAAAUAA